UUAGAGAGAAGAUAAAAGGAGAAAGGAAUCCCCGGAAUAUCCAUUCUCAGAUUUCAGGCCGGUCACUGUCGGUCAUUUAGUGAGGCCUCCCCUAGUUGCAGUCUCAGCUGUGGCAGGGUGAGGAGAUGGCUUCUCCCUCUAGACAGCACCCCCUCGGAGGGUCAGGACUGCUUCAAGGGAGCCGGGCUCGUUCUUAUGGUAGCCUGGUUCAAUCGUCCUGCUCCCCAGUGAGGGGAAAACGCCUGGAACAUCAGUUGGAGCCUGGAGACACCCUGGCUGGCCUAGCACUCAAAUAUGGGGUGACGAUGGAACAGAUUAAGCGUGCAAACCGCCUUUAUACUAAUGACUCCAUCUUCCUGAAGAAAACCCUCUACAUCCCCAUCCUGACAGAGCCCAGAGACCUGUUCAAUGGUUUGGAUUCUGAGGAAGAGAAAGAUGGAGAGGAAGAGGUACACCCAAGUAAGGAUGAAGCUUGGCCACAGUCAGCUGAGAGGAAGAAACAAGAGACAGGUUCAGGACGUGCCAAUGGUGAAGUACUCCCCACGCCUGGCCAGGAACCCUCCACUCCCAUCCAUGACCUCUCUGCCUCUGAUUUUCUUAAGAAGCUUGAUUCACAGAUCAGCUUGUCAAAGAAGGCUGCUGCCCAGAAGCUGAAAAAAGGGGAAAUCGGGGUACCUGGGGAGGAUGCAGGUCUCCACCUGAGCUCCCCUCGGAUGCAGCAACGAGCAGUCCUAGGUCCUGUGCCGCUGACCCGGACCUCUCGAACCCGGACACUACGGGACCAAGAGGAUGAAAUCUUCAAACUCUGAUAUCUCCAGGACUGAUUAAGAAGUAAAAUGUUGAAGAACAACAUGAGGGGGAGAGGAGCCUGAGGUGAGGCUCAAGAACAUGGUUUCCCAGCCUGCCUACCUGUACUCCAGCCAUCUUCCCCAGCCUCCUUGUCCAUCAAGAAUUCUGUGGCCUGGGGCAGUUUUAUUGGCAAGAGUAGGGGAUGGAGCCUAGACCCCUUCCCAGUUCUUGGGCUGAAUCCAGAGUUGUCUUUUAGAUUCAAAAGGCUAUUUUUACAUCCCUGCUGCCUUUACUAUCCCUUUCACCAUUUCCUGGGCUUAGAGCAGGGAAGCAGGAACUCCUCCUCAACUUCCUCCUCAUCCCCAACUACAUUACCUAAUUCAUUUGGUGCUAUAUAUAUUGAAAUAAUAUUUAUUUGCUGUAUCUUAUUCUUCUCACUCUUAGUUGAAAAAUGGGAUUUCUAUAGCCCUGAGUUGAGGCGAACCCAGGAAAAGUGAGCCAGUAACUGCUGGUUCCCCACCAUCCCCACCUCCUUAGCCAAGCAUGUUAUUGAGGAUGGAGCAAUUAGCGAUUUAGCCCCACUGCAGAGAAUGGUAGACUGUGCCAGGCCUUUUCUCCAAUCUCAGAGUAAAUGAUUUGGGCUCAGUCUUUACUAAACAAUUCCUUAUAACUUUUGGACAACUCUUGCUCUGAGAAAAAGCAGCAAUGUAGGGACCUGAACUCUCCAUUCUACCAGUUCACCCUUCUAACCUGUUCCUCUGCUCAGCCUGUGGUGGGGCUAAGGGAUGGAAGGAUUGCCUUGGGAGUUUGAAGAGGAGGACAGUUGUUCUCACAACUCUGCUGUACUCUCUCCCCACCAGAGCCUAUCUAUGUAUGCCUUGCUCCUUACUGUAUAUUUAUUUGCAAUUUGUAGCACUGAUCUAUGGUACAGUUUUUUUGUUUGUUUGUCUCUUAAACAGAAGAAGUAGGCAAGGGAACCUCCAUGAUACUGGAAAUAUGCCUCAGUCUCCUGUAUGGAAGUGGUGAGAGGUGAGAUAAGUAGUGUUUAUACACCUUCUUGCCUCUGUGAUGAUCAUAAGGUCUAAGAAGCUGGAGAGAUUAAACAUUGAGCCCUGUG